UAGUAUGUGGUGUGUACCGUAUACAACAGCUAAGUAACAUAGUGAAUAUUUACGUCGUUGGACUACAAAAAACACAUCCUUUUAAACCAAAAAUGAAUUAAUGCCGUAAUUCACAAAAUGACCUUUGUUUGAACUAAUUCCGCGCCGUUUCAAUAAAACAAAUCUAGCUAGUUCAUAGUUGCGGAGGCGAUAUCACUACAGUGUGAAAAGAAGGGGAAAGGCUGUUGAAGAGAGAAUACCUUUAAGCGGCUGAGAUUGGUGGAUUGUGAUAGACAAAUCAGGGAAGACAUGGCAAAUGAAGAGGGGCUGACUCUGCGCAGUCGCAGAGUGACGUCCAAAUCUCGUGCAGCUCUGGAGGGGGAGAGCAGUGCGAGAGGGGCUGAGGGAGACCUGCACGUAACCAGCAAUGGAAAACUGGACGUAGAACACAUGAUCACCAAGAAACUGCAGCUGAAGCUCAAAGCAGAGCAUUUAAAGGCAAGCCUGCUGAAGCAGUUUGACUGCCAGAUGAACGAGUUUGUGGAUAAUCUGAUCGACGAGUCGGCUAGUCUGGAUUCCCCCGCAGCCCCCCCAGUGUUUUCAUCCUCGCUGGUGGAGAAGGAGAGGAACAAGCUCAGGCAGCCAAGACUCUCUGAACAAGGCAAGCUCUUUCUGACCCGUCGCUCCCUGCUUGAUGAGCUGUUUGAGGUGAAUCACAUCCGUACCAUCUAUCACAUGUUCAUAGCUCUGCUCAUCCUCUUCAUCAUCAGCACCCUGGCUGUGGACUUCAUCGACGAGGGCAGGCUUGUUCUUGAUUUCGAUCUCCUGGUCUACGCCUUCGGGAAGUUCCCCCUGGUGGUGUCUACAUGGCUUUUCAUGUUCGUAUCUGCCUUCGUUGUACCCUAUGGCCUGUUCCACCAGUGGGCCCGUCACUACCGCACCUCCCGCUACAAAACCCUGCGCUCCUUGCUUGCUAUCGCCCUCUUCAUGCUGUUCCAGGUGCUGGGCCUGGGCUUCUUGCCCACCUACGUGGUUUUGAGGAAUGGGCUGCCCCCUGCCUCGCGCUUCAUCAUCAUACUAGAACAGGUGCGGCUCGUAAUGAAAGCGCAUUCAUUCAUCAGGGAAAACGUUCCGAAAGUGCUGUCCUCCUCCAGAGAGCAAAGCAGCUCCUUGCCAAUCCCCCAGAUGUCUCGGUACCUGUACUUCCUCUUUGCACCAACGCUCAUCUACAGAGACAGCUACCCCAGAAAUCCUUCAAUAAGGUGGGGCUAUGUGGCAACCAAAUUUUUACAGGUGCUCGGCUGCCUGUUCUAUGCGUACUAUGUGUUUGUACGCCUGUGCAUUCCUCAGUUUAGGAACAUCAGCCUCCAGCCCUUUGACUUGCGCGUCAUGGUGCUGUGUGUGUUCAACUCCAUUCUCCCAGGGGUGCUUGUCCUGUUCCUCGCAUUCUUCGCCUUCCUGCACUGCUGGCUCAAUGCCUUUGCUGAGAUGCUGUGCUUCGCGGACAGGAUGUUUUAUAAGGACUGGUGGAACUCCACAUCGUUUGCCAAUUACUACCGAACCUGGAAUGUGGUUGUUCACGACUGGCUCUAUUGCUAUGUGUAUCUGGACUUUCUGUGGAUAUUUGGGAAGAGGUUCCGCGCCCCAGCCAUGCUGUUUGUGUUCACGGUCUCCGCUGUGGUUCAUGAGUACGCCCUGGCUAUCUGCUUCGGCUUCUUCUACCCAGUCCUCUUCUGCCUCUUCAUGUGCUUUGGAAUACUGUUCAACUUCAUCCUGCAUGACCGGCGGAAGGGCCCGAUCUGGAACGUCAUCAUGUGGACCUCUCUGUUCCUGGGCCAGGGCGUCCUGCUGUGCUUGUACUCUCAGGAGUGGUACGCACAGCACUACUGCCCGCUGACAAGUCCCUCUUACUUGGAUCUGCUCACACCUCGUUCUUGGACCUGCCAUCAGCAAGCCUCUCCUGGGAAGGACUGAUUUCAAAAUCUGAGAAGAAACAAAAACUGCCAAUUUUUAUGAACCAAAUGAAUGUGGUGGUGUUGGUGUUGGUGUUGUUGUUGUUGUUGUUGUUGUGUGUUUUUUUUUUUGGUUUUUUUUUCCCUUUUCUUUUAUUGUGUAUACCAGAGUGCCUGGUCUUCUCUGUACAGGGUUUUCAGCAGAGAAGAACCACCAUCUUGCUCAGCUGUCAGUGGCCAAUGCUGAUCUUUUAAACCAAUUGCAGAUUGAUACAAAGAGCUUUCUGCCUUGGAGCGAUAGUGUUAAUAAGUACAGCAGGAUGGAGUGCUUGGCAAAGUUGAGCCAAGCCCAUUUUACUGAACUCAGACCCCUUGCUUGCUAAAUAUUGGGGGAUAUUAAGCAAACAAAGUCUUGGAGUAGUGUACCAUAGGCAACAAAUGGCGCCCCCUUCCCAAGUCAGACUGCAUUUAUCAAUCUUUCCCAAUUCGUGUUGGAGGGGAUUGACAAUUCCUUGUCCACCGACUUAGAUGUGCUUGGUAUUCUUAAUGAAAUACAAAUACAUGUUACCUACACUUCAAGAUUUUAAUUAUGUGCUAAUUGCGACACAAAACUCUGCUGACGAUUGAACCUGUUCUUGUGAUCUUAGUAACACACUAUCGCCUUGCUUGAAGUAACUCCCCCAGGAGAGAUUUACCUCCUCCUGUUCGCAUUCGCUCUGGACCUCCCACAGGUUAGGGAGGCAAAACGGGCAGGGACUAUUUCUCCUCAUCACACUACAACAAACAGACGCCUGGUGAGCUCAAGGGGACACCUGCAGGGCAAGCUUUUCUCCUCCAGAGGCCAGGAGCUCUCUGACAUCCACUCGAGAUCCUGCGUGUAAAUUCUUCCUUUUUGAACCAUCAUGUAGCCUCUAUACAGCUACUUCAGUCAAUGUUGAAUCAUGGGAACAGUAUUUGCUCACUAGUUAAAGCACAAAUGGGACCGCUUGAAGAGGUUUCCAUUUUAUUUGGUUUGCCUUUGCAGUUUCCUCAAAUGUAAGUGAAACUGAGAGAUUCUGGGGUUCUGAGGGAUUUGAAUUGCAGUCAUCUGUGUCAUUGCCUUUUCUGUUUAACCCACUUCUCAUUUUUAUCUAUGUACAUUGCUGAUCACAUUACCUCUGUGUGGAUGACCAGGCAAGUUAACAGGGAGUAGUAGCGACUCACCAUUUUGACGCACAUACUGUAUACACUGCAGGUUUAGAGUGCACUCACUCUGGGACUGUACAGCAACCACGGCUCUUUGUAAACUGAUUACUAAGUAAUGGUGCUGCGUAGAGGGAUGCAGCUAGGGGCUGCAUGUGGAACACUCCACUGCUGUGUUAAUUCUGCUGUGACCCACAGAGGGUGCUGUUUCAGGAUAUCCAGGUAGAUAUCUCCUCAUUGAAUUUCAAUGCUACAGUCUGUACAAUUGCUCAGAUUUUUCUGUAUUUACAAACCAGAACCAAGCAACUGGAUAGUUUUAAUGUCAGGCCUGUUAAGAAAAUGUGUAGCAUUAGUGGGGAUUGGCAGUAAAUUACCUGCUAGUCUCGUUGGCCUUUUCAUUGUUUUGAGGUAAAGCUGUUAGCAGCUCCUCAAAACUCAUUACAAACUGGAAGGCAACCAGUAACUUAAACCGUGUAUAUUCUGAGCGUAUAACUGAGCCCUGCUGAACCUCUCAUCUUUACAAACCCCUGGAAUCAGAGUUGCAGCUAACAGAGUUACAAACCUGCCUGAACUGGUAACUUCAUAAACGCUUAUUUAUACUACUUAAAAUAUCCUUUUAAAGAGUAAGUAGCGGGGUUCCGAAAAAUAUAGCGUUGUACAUCCCCACGUGUUGCUAUAACAGUUUAAAUAACGUACCUGUCAUUUCUCUUUUCAGUGUUAACAUCCUGACAACUUUUUACACUUAACUUUUUUUUAAAGCUCUUUUCAAAAUGGCUGCUCUAGUGCACUGGGGUUUGAGAUCUGCAGGAAAAAAAAAAACGUAGCAAGUGCCCCGGCUUUUCUGUUCCACAUCGUGGAUACUGUGAUACCUGUUUGACAAUGUGGGCAAUACUUACACUAUCGGUGCACUUGAGCUGACAUUUUAAAAAGAGGUUUGAAACCGACUUUAAAUCUGUAAGUGUAAAAAGUUGUCAGGAUGUUAAUACUGAAAAGAGAAAUGACAGGUGCGUUAUUUAAACAGUUGUAGCAACACAUGGGGACGGUGUAACGCUACAUUUUUUGGAACCCUGCUGUAUAGUCUUUAAAUGAUUGUCAAAAUGCAAAUUUUUUUUUUUUUUUUUUUUAAUUGUUCAGAUGAACAAAAAGGCUGAAGCACUGACUUUGUUCAGUUUUUUUUUUUUUAAGGUUACUUGUUUGUUUCAUUUUAAAUGUGGCCUGUAUUCAUAAAACAUGGGUAUUGGCCCAUAUUUACAAAAGCAUCCUUGUGUUUAACAUUAAAGUUCAGACACGGCUACCCAGAAUACAAGCAGACAGUUUGUUACACAAGGGUUUAGAUUGUUUGAGUUCAGUCACGUGUAUACAGUGAACGGCAUGUAUUCUUUGAUGCAUAUUGACAAGCUGAACAGUGUCUAUCUCACAUUAGACGUGUUUUUUUUUUUUUUUUUCUUUUGUUUUUAUGUACCCAUUGAAAGCAAUGUUUGACCUACACAAUGCUAAAUAAAAAGGAUGUUAGGUUUAGUGUGAUAACUCUACUAA